AUGAGCUACAAGGUUGACUGGCACCUACCAAUGGUCCAGGAGAGCUACAAUGCUGGCAGGUACCUACCAAUGGUCCAGGUGAGCUACAAGGUUGACUGGCUCCUAUCACUGUUCCAGGUGAGCUACAAGGUUGACUGGCUCCGAUCACUGGUCCAGCUUCAACCAGCAAUAUAUGCCACAUUAGUUUCCAAAGAUAUCCAGAGGAAAGAGAGUGACAUCAGCACACUCACUGAAAGUGAUGUCAGAAAUUUGGAACUACUUCUUGAACUUUUGGGACCCCUGAAGAGAGCAACAGAGGUAUUGUGUGAUGAAAAAGUGCCUACAAUUUCCAUUGUUGCUCCAAUGCUGUAUCUCAUCAAAACCCAGAUGACCCCCAAUGAUGAUGAUUCUCCUCUUGUCAAAGAUGAACUGGUUGAUGUGAAGGAUGAGCCCAAGGAUGAUACUGCCCUCCCUGACCUACCAGUACCACCGGCAAUUGCUGGGAUCGAGAUGGAUACACCUGAACUUGAUACUCCUGCUGCUGUCUGUGGCAUAAAGAAAGAGCCAGAUGAUAGUGCUGUACAGUCCAGUGCUUCAACCUCUCUCUCGGCUCUGUUUGGUGUUGUGUAUGUUGUUAAGGUGGAACCCGGUCCAGGGGAUGGAGACACUGAGGGGGCCAGCAAAUCCUCAUUGUCCCAGUCUCAGCCCCUUCUCCAGUCCCAAACUCCCAGCCCCAGCCCCUUCUCCAACCCCAGCCCCAGUCUCAACCUAUUCUCCAACCCCAGCCCCAGUCUCAGCCCCUUCUCCAACCCCAGCCUCAGCCCCUUCUCCAACCCCAGCCCCAGUCUCAGCCUAUUCUCCAACCCCAGCCCCAGUCUCAGCCCCUUCUCCAACCCAAGCCUCAGCCCCUUCUCCAACCCCAGCUCCACUCUCAGCCUAUUCUCCAACCCCAGCCCUAGUGGUAACCCUUCUCCAACCCCAGCCCCAGACUCAACCUAUUCUCCAACCCCAGCCCGAGUCUCAGCCUCAGCCUCAGCUCAAACCCCAGCCCAAGUCUCAGCCCCUUCUCCAACCCCAGCCUCAGCCCCUUCUCCAACGCCAGCCUCAAACCCCUUCUCCAACCGCAGUCUCAGCCCCUUCUCCAACCCCAGCCCGAGUCUCAACCCCUUCUCCAACCCCAGCCCCCACCCCUUCUCCAACCCCAGCCCCAUCUCAGCCCCUUCUCCAAUCCCAGCCCCAACUUCUUCCAACCCCAGCCCCAGUAUCAGCUCCUUCUCCAACCCCAGUCUCAGCCCCUUCUCCAACCCCAGCCCCAGUCUCAGCCCCUUCUCCAGCCCCAGCCCCAACCCUUUCAAACCCCACCCCAGUCUCAGCCUAUUCUCCAACCCCAGCCCCAGUCUAAACUCCUUCUCCAACCCCAGCCCCAGCCUCAGCCCCUUCUCCAACCCCAGCCCCACUCUCAACCUAUUCUCCAACCCCAGCCCUAGUCUCAGCCCCUUCUCCAACUCCAGCCCCAGCCUCAGCCCUUCUCCAACCCCAGCCCCAACCCCUUCCCCACCCCAGUCUCAGCCUCAGCCUCAGCUCAAGCCCGAGCCCCAGUCUCAGCCCCUUCUCCAACCCCAGCCCUUCUCCAACCCCAGCCUCAAACCCUUCUCCAACCGCAGUCUCAGCCCCUUCUCCAACCCCAGCCCCAGUCUCAGCCCCUUCUCCAACCCCAGCCCCAGUCUCAACCCCUUCUCCAACCCCAGCCCUAGUCUCAGCCCCUUUUCCAACCCCAGCCCGAGUCUCAACCCUUUCUCCAACCCCAGUCUCAACCCCCAGCCUCAAUCCCUUCUCCAACCCCAGCCCCAACCUCAGCCUCAACUCAAACCCCAGCCCCAGCCUCAACCCCUUCUCCAACCCCAGCCCCAGUCUCAACCCCAGCCUCAACCCUCAACCGUCUCAGACUCAACCUCGGGCAGAUUGAGCAUGAGUGUUGUGUUAAAACUUCUAACAUAA